AUGGCUACCCGCCAUCCUUUCGCCGGGGAACAUGACCAGGUGUCAGAUUACGAGCCCCUCGCCAGAUCCAGCAUCGAAGGCGCUCACUCCAACCCCUGGCCGGAGACUCCCCUUUCCCAAAGGUCUAGAGAUGAUCCAGAAAAUUUGGAGGACCGAGCAUCCCCGUCCCAAGGCACAUCUUACUCUCCGCCCACAAACAUCCAGCAGGGCAACUUGUCCGCUCGGAGGAAUAUCAUCCCAGACACAUGGACGUCCGAGGGCAUCGCCAUCAUAUUCAGUGUGCUAUGCUUUAUCGCUAUAGUUGUGGUACUUCAAGUCUACGACCAGAAGACCCGACCCGCGCUCCACUACGGGAUCACACUCAACGCGAUAGUCUCGAUAUUGACAACAGCAUCCAAGUCCGCACUGCUGUUCGUGGUCGGGGAAUGCAUCGGACAACUGAAAUGGGUGUGGUUCUACAAAGGCGACGAAAGGCGAAAACUCGGCGAUAUGCAAUUAUUCGACAGCGCUAGUCGCGCACCGCGGAGCAUCGUUGGUGUCUUUGGGGGAAUCGUGCUGGUCUGCGCUUUGGCUAUCGACCCCUUCAUGCAACAGAUCCUGGUUUACCCGCUGAGACCGACAGUCAUUGCCACCGGUACUCAGCGCGCAGCAGCGAAGCAGGCAUUUAAUCUCAUCCCAGACGCGCUGGGAAUGAAUAUGCAAGAUGUUGCUUUUACCGGGGCCUGGUCCCAUGACUUUGAAGUGGCUCCAUCUUGUCCAUCUGGCAACUGCACAUGGCCCGAAUUUAAAUCUAUUGGCAUGUGCAGCCAAUGCGAAGACGUGACUAGCAAUGCCACUCUGAUAUGCGACUCACUGCAGCUCAAUGCUAGCACCACCGGGGAUUAUAAUGCGUCAUGUAAUAUUUACAAUGGCAAUGGACAGAGAGGAUUCUUUUCAGUUUCUGUCGAGCAGUAUGGCAACAUCAGCGAUUCCAUAUACGUGUCCUUUCCACAGGAUAUCUAUGUGGUUUCGCAUGCGCACAUUCUCUUGGCUCAAAAUGACACAGCAGGGCUGGCCCCACUGCGCAAUAUGUCGAAUGCGCUCAAGACCACGGUCAAACAGUGUGCGCUCGCGCUCUGUUCUCGGACCUAUCAGAUCACCGUGACCAAUGGCACCGCCUCGACCAACAUAUCUGCCCCUGACUAUGGCCAUGUGUGGAGGGGCCCAGGGAUAAGUCCGCAGUAUGCAAUGUGUUGGAAACCGGGCAAGGACGAACCAGUCCCGGUCCCAAACAUCACCGCGACGACCUGGGCAAAUCAAUCCGAGUUUGCAUUUUGCCAGGCAAGCUACUAUUCACUGAAUGGUUACUUUUCUGGUCAAGUCACCAAUUCUUUACCGAUGGAUAACGCGUCCGCGACGUGGUUCUCUUUCCAAGUCGGGUCGAGUCUUGGGUCUGGUAACCCGAAUGUACCAAAGAUUGUUCGCACGGGGCUGGAUGUUGUCAUGAGGAAUGUCGCAGCUUCGUUUACCAAGGCCGGGCUAGCUGGUAGUAAUGACACGGUGGCUGGGACUAUGAUGGGAACCGAGGUAUAUGUCAGCGCGAACUGGCUGUGGAUCAUCCUUCCCGCGGUACUCACAGUCAUGGGUGUGGUGUUUUUCAUAUUGACCAUGAUGAUCAACCGUGCCCAGAGGCUGGAUCUUUGGAAAAGCUCAAUCCUGGCUGUCCUGUUUCACGGUCUGGACGAUAUGGAGAAAAGGGAGGCUGAGAUACCGUGCGCAAGGGUUGGUCAGAUGGAGGAAGUAGCGGAGCAAAUGAUGGUGAAGCUGAUGCCCCUUGGUGAUGAACCCAGGCUGGCUUUGAAGUCCCAAGCAGAGCUGGGAGACUGA